ACCAUUAGACAGUGAUCACCAGGGGGCGGAAAUAUUCCAGAAUCCUUGAGGCAGGACCCCCAGAACAGGUGCUCCAAAUCCAUCCGAACGGAAGGUGUUGCCUUCUUCCGAGAUCGUGACUACUUCCGCGGAGGAGGAGGGAGGGAUCAUCAUCACCAACGCAGAGAGGGAGAUGGCGGAGUGCGGCCGGAAGGCGCUGUCCCUGCUGGAGGCGGCCCGCUCCCGCUACGAGAGCCUGCAGAUAUCCGACGACGUGUUCGGUGAGUCCGGAGAUGACAGCAGCGACAACCCGUUCUACAGCACCUCCGGAGACUCGGACUCGGACAACUACAUAGCCGAGGUCGGCGAGGGGGAGCAGCAGCACCAUCACCAUCACCACCACCACCACCAUCACCACCAGAGACGAGGCGACAGGGAGAGCUCGCAAGGCGGGGGAGCAGGAGGUGGCAGCCCGGGUCCGCCCGGCUCGCUCUCCCGAAGCCAAGCAGAGGAGGAGGGCUGGACGGAGACCCUACAGGAUGUCACGGUGCCGCCGUAUAAAGGCUCUUACGGCCCAGCUCAGAAGAUGCCCGCCACGGCCACCGCCUUGGAUUUCUUCCAGCUUUUUGUCCCUGACAACUGCAUCCAAAACAUGGUCACCCAGACCAACAUGUACGCCAAGAAGUUCCAGGAGCGUUUCGGAUCGGACGAGGGCUGGCGUCCUGUCACGGCCCAAGAGAUGAAGGCCUUCCUGGGCUUCGUCACCUCCACCAGCGUGCACCACUGCGAGUCGGUGCUCAGCAUCUGGAGCUCGGGCUUCUUCAGCAACCGCAGCAUCGCCCUGAAGAUGAGCCAAGCGCGCUUUGAGAAGAUCCUGAAGUAUUUCCACAUUGUGGCGUUCAGGCCGUCGCAGGGGAGCAAUCAAGGUCUGUACAAGAUCCAGCCCUUCCUGGACUCGCUGCAGCAGUCUUUCAGCUGCACAUUCCGACCUUCGCAGACCCAGGUUCUGCACGAACCCUUGAUAGACGAGGACCCGGUCUUCAUCACCACCUGCACGGAACGAGAGCAAAGGAAGAGGAAGAAGAGGAAGUUCAGUCUUUGGGUUCGACAGUGUACCUCCACCGGCUUCAUCUGCCAGCUCUCCGUGCAUCUGAAGGAUGGCCAAGGUGGAGACGCUCUGGCCGCCCUGAAGAACAAACCUCAGCUGCACAGUCUGGUGGCCAAGCAGCUGUGCCAGAACAUCUCUGGAAAGAACACCAUCGUCUUCACGGGGCCGUCCAUCACCAGCCUCGGACUCUUCGCCGAAUUUAGCAAGCAAGAUAUCUACUGCUGUGGUCUGCUGAGCACCAGAAAGAGUGACUGCACGGGCCUGCCGCAAAGCAUGCUGGUCUGUAGCUCCACGCCGGCGCAGCGCGGCCAGUGGCGAGUGAUGAUGCAAGGCAGCAUGUCUCUCAUCAGCUGGUACAACAAAGGACACUUCAGGUUCCUCACAAACGCCUACUCCCCUAACAAACAAGGCUUGAUCAUCAAGAGGAAAAGCGGCGAGGUUGAAUGUCCUCUGGCGGUGGAGGCCUUCGCGGCGCACCUCAGCUACAUCUGCAAAUACGACGACAAGUUCAGCAAGUACUUCAUCUUCCACAAGCCCAACAAGACGUGGCAGCAGGUGUUCUGGCUGAGCAUCAGCAUCGCCAUCAACAACGCGUACAUCCUCUACAAGAUGUCCGACGCCUACGCCGUCAAGCGCUACAGCCGGGCGCAGUUUGGAGAGAGACUGGUCAAAGAGCUGCUGGACGUCGACGACUGCUCGCCCACGGCGUGAGGAGACGGCGGCGAGGGCCUGAUGGAUGGAUGGAUGGAUGGAUGGAUGGAUGGUUGUCAGUCAGGAGCCAAUACACACGCUCACACAAGCCCCCUCCCCUACACAUUCACACACCUCCUCACACAUGUACAGACUGUAUGUCACCUUGCUGAAGCAGUGCCAACUCUUCCUCCAGUCGUUGUAUUGUAAAUGACACGUAACACCACUGAGACAGCAGGAGAAGUCACACCACCAACCAACAACCAGGGAGGAUGAUGACGACGAAGAGGAGGGUUUCAACCCCUUUAAGUGUCCAAAAGCUGACAUGGGAUCAUGUGAUCAAGUGUUCCAUCGUUUGCUACAAGCGACCCAAUAGAAGCUUAGUACAGUUUUACAUGUGAGAAUCAGUUCUCUUACUUUGCUUUAGACCGGGGGUGUAUCGAAGGGCCCCCCACCCACGAAAAGUUAAAAAAUAUUUCCACAAAUCAAAUCUUUUGCACCCAAAUCUAACUGUAAAUUAAAUUAGCUGACUGGAUAUUAUUUAUGAUAGGGGUGUCCAACACAGCCUGGGGGCGUUUUUUAUUUUAUUAUUAUUUUUUUUUUUUAGUUGCCCAUGGCACAUACUAAGGAUAUUUAAAAAAAUAAUAAUAAUAAUUAAAAAAUAGCAAAAAUCAGCAGUAAUGUCACAAGAAUGUCAUAACAUUUACAGAAAAAUGUUGAAAGAAAAACGUCAUUUUACUAGCAUAAAAUUGAACUAUUAAAGAAAAAUGGCAUGAUAUUAUGAAAAACACACAAAACAAUUAGGUUGCAAAAAAAGUUAUAAUGUUACGAGAUUUAAGUCAAAAUAUUAUGGCAAUAAAGUCAUAAUAUUACGAGAAGAAAAUGUAGUUGAAAACUUAAAAAAAAAAACAGCCGUAAUUUCUACGAGAAUAAAGUCGUAUUCUAACAAGAAAAAAAGUCUGAAUUUUACGAGAAUAAAUCAUAAUAUUCUAAGGAAAAAUAAUGUCAUUUUAGUGGCAUUCAGUUGAAAUAUUACAGCCGUAAUAUUAUGAGAAACAAACAAAACAAAGAAUAAAGUUUUGGAAAAAUUAGGUUGUUGAAAAAGUCAUAAUUAUGGGAAUAAAGUCAGAAUUAUGAGAAGAACAUUUACUCGAAUGUUGUCAAAUGCAAAGAAAAAACAGCAAAAAUAAAAACAUAAUGCGCAUUUUCAGCUACUGUAUGUCACAAAGCUCAGAUGGAGGCUAUUUUGUCUUGAACUAUACACUAUGUAACCUCUAAGCCAGGGGUGGGCAAGCGUUUUGACUCGUGGGCCACACUGGGUUAAAAAAUUUGCCCGAGGGGCUGUCUAUGUAAGGUGGUCAUCAAACAGAAGGACGUACUUGCUCACGGUGCAAAGAAAUAUCCACACAUCCACAGCAAGGUAACGUAUCACAUAAAUCCACCGCUGCUACUACGUGGGGAAUAAACAACUAAGCGUUACACAUAACAGGUAACUUUAACUGCUAUUUACAGGUGCCCGCAGGGCAUGCUGGGUAGUCCUGUGGCAACAACAAUGAACUGUGAAUGAGCCAACAUUCGAUAUCAGGGGUGUGUGGACGACCUCCUUAACAUGUUUUGCAAUCACGCAAAAGUGCGACAAACACCGCAACAUGUCAGGAGAGAGAGUACCACAGGCUACCCAGCAUGCCUUGCGGCAGGAAUAUAUGGGUGACAUUUUGACAUGGGUGUUGUGCGUGUGACGUUUAUUUGUAUGCCCACGUGGUAGGUGACAUUGUGUGUGUUGACGUGUUGUGUUUGUUUGUAUCACUUUUCUGUACAAGCUGCACAUUGCGUCUUGACUAUUUCCUGUGCGACUCAAGCAUGCCACAGUAGCACUGCAAGUCAUGUUGCCAGCUCUAGUUGUGUUGUUAAAGGUUUUUACCUUCUUUUAGUAAUUUGGAUACACCCGGUGGGCCGGAUUAAGACAUUUUGCAGGCCAGAUGUGGCCUACGGGCCACAGUUUGCCCACCCCUGUUCUAAGCAUAUCUACAUGCGUUGCGUUACAAAAUAUCAAAGUGGCCCUUGCAUCCUUUCAUUUUUCCCUUAUGUGGCUCACACUGGAACAAGUUUGGACACCCCUGAUUGAUGCUAAUGGGAGAUCAUGUAAAUGUACAUCGGUGAUGGAGUUAGGCCAACUGAGUAAGUGUCACCAUGGUUUUGGAGUUUCUAUAUUGUUUACAAAUCACAGUUAAGUGUACAUCACGCAGACACAAGAUUGUCAUUUUUAAAUCUUCUCACUAAUCCAAAGCGAUGUUGUCGUGUGUGUGUGUGUGUGCGUGGGCGUAUGUGUCUACUAAACCACUAAAUGUCACACAUCCGAGUAGGAUCUUCACUUCAUGUCAGCUUCGAAAACACAGCAGCAUAUACUAUUUCUAAAAGCCUCUAUUUAUGAUUAAAGCAACAGUAUGUAAGAACUUUGUUGUCAAAUGACCAUGAUGGGACGCUGGCUUGUUAUAGGGAGGUUUUUAAUCGCCAUGGCAACACCACAUUAGCUACUUAAGUGCUAUAUGUAAUUACUAGGGGUGUCAUGUGACGGGGCGAUACAUGAGGUUGGGUCAACGAGAACAAAACAAGACGAGAUUUUAACAUUACUUUUAAUAAAAGUACAAGGAAAAAAGGAUCUGACAAUAUAUUGCAAUAUACUAGUUUAAUUUCUACUACGUUACACUGUCCCGGCCUCUAUGUGUAUGCUAGCGGCCCCGCCUUCGCCCACCGAGACAAAGAGACUGUAUGACUGACAAAAGAGCUCACUCUGUUCAUUCCGUUGUUCUAUGCGCCAAGGUGCUGAAACCAACACACAGAGUGAACCCUCUUCCUGCCUGUUUGGCAGAGACGAGGAAAACAGACACGCAUGCAAAUAUAUUGAUUGUGUGAUUAAUCAAUUAAUUUAUUUAUUAUCAUCCCGGGCCUAGUGCCCACGAGACAAGAAAUUGUGUCAUGUUUUAAUCUCGUGGGACCUUGUGACACCCCUAAUAAUUAUGUUGCACGACCAGAAGAGCAACAUUUUUAAAAUAAAAAAAGAGAAGUUGACAAGUAUUUAAAAAUUAAUUUUGUUAGAAUUUGAUUACAACGGAGCUAUUAAAAAAUAAGCAAAAUGAUUUUUUUUAAACUAUAAAACGUUUUUUCCCUUUUGUGGUAUUUUCUUCAUCAAACAGCUCAUAUCACACCUCUAUUUAAAACUUCUAUUUGUUUUUGUCGUAUUUUAGCCAUACUGGGGCUCUGUAAUGAAAAUAAUAACCACGACUGUUCUGUGCCUCUCCCAACAAAAUGAAUGUGGUGCCAGUACUGGAAGGUAAAUGAGUUGCAAACACUUAAGAGGCUUGCCAUGCAGCCAUUUCAAAACAAUUAACACAUAAAUCACCCUAGCUGUGUGGUAAGAGAUGGCGUCCAAGAAUGUGAUGUUCAGUGUGUGUGUGUGUGUGUGUGUGUGUGUGUGUGUGUGUGUGUGUCUUUAUUGUGCUGUGUAUCUGUGAAGUGUUUCACCAAAUGUCCACAGAGUCAGUAUUGAUUGUGUACUAAUCAGCUCUGAACGUGUCAGACAAUAAAUAAACAGCGACCUCAGGGCUCAUCACCAUUACUAACUGCCCUCAUCUAUAGUAAUACUGUCAAUAGCAAACUACUAUAAUAUGACACUAUAUACAGUACAGUACAGUAGGUGGACUUACAUACAGUAGAAGCUUACUGGGUGCUAUCACUUUCAAGUACAUUACAAAUCUUAGCAGCCAAGUCGAGGGUGCAAAAUGUGGUAAAAGGUAGUAUAAGGCGGAUAGAUGACGGUGGGUGUGGGUGUGUGUGAGUGCAUAUGCAUGUAUUCUUAACACUGGGUUGAGUCAAAUGUGUACAAUAACUGGACCAAAUAAAUUUGAGCAAUGUGUGUGAUGAGUUGUACGAGGCUGUAGAGUCAUCGUGUCUU